UACAAAGCACAUGUUGUAUGGCUAACCAGUGUGGGAACAAACAAGGAGAGGGUCAAAGGCACGGACGAAUACAGUCUCCAAAACUAUUCUGGGAAACUGGAAUGUACGCAGCAACCUCAUGGCAAGCUCUUAACGUGAUCGCUCAAUGAAGCUUUCUCUACGUCCAUGUCUGUCUGCCAUUAUCUUUAUUUGCUAAGAGUUACAUAUGGGAGAACUGUUUUAGGGCGUGAAUGAGGCUGAACCGUAACUGAUUUUGACCAGAUCCUUUGGAACAGACAAGAAUGGCCUAUUCAUCCCUUGAGCACCUUCCAUUCAAAGACCAGGAACUCCCAGCCCAAAUGUUGUGCCAGCUGAACUGUCUCAGGCAUGAGCGGAUCUUCACCGACAUGCUCCUCUGCACUGAAGAUCUGGAGAUCCCAUGCCACAGGAACGUUCUGGUCGCUAGCAGUCCUUACUUCCGUGCCAUGUUCUGCAGCAACUUCCGUGAGAGUGGCCAGACUAGGGUGGACCUAAAAGGCAUCAGCUCUGAGAUCUUGAAUGGUAUUGUAGACUACAUCUACACUGGAACCAUUACUAUAAGCAUGGAAAUAGUGCUGCCUCUGAUGCAAGCUGCAUCCAUGCUGCAGUACACAAGGCUUUUUGAGGCCUGCUCAGCCUUCUUGCAGGAGCAGCUGAACCCAGACAAUUGCUUGAGCAUGAUCCGCCUCUCAGAGAUCCUGCACUGUGACAGCUUGAGAGAGCGGGCGAAGGAGAUGGCUGUGCGCUGUUUCUCAGACGUGGCUGCCUCAGAGGAUUUUUGCGAGCUCUCACUGCCUGAGCUAAUGUGCUACCUGGAGGAUGACAGGCUUUGUGCUGAGGAAGAGCAGGUGUUCGAAACACUCUUGGCCUGGAUCCACCACGAUCCUUUUUCUCGGCGUGGUGCCAUCCAUGAUCUCUUCAAGAAGGUGCGUUUGCGGUACAUCCAUCCCACAUACCUCUUCCAGUUCAUAGCCAAUGAUCCACUUGUCCAGUCCUCCACACUUUGCACAGAGAUCAUUGAGUCAGUGCGGCGGCUAAUGUUUUCCGUUAGCGCCAAAUGUACGCGUGAGCUAAAGCCUCUCUGGACCACGCCUCGUCGUUACACCUGCCGGGAGACUUUAGUUGUUGUAGGAGGUCGCAAGAACAAUGAGCAGACAUCUCGAGAGGCGCUGCUCUAUGAUGAGCGUACCCAGCGCUGGCAGUGGCUGGCCAAGUUGCCCUUGCGCUUGUACAAGGCCGCUUAUGUCUGCAUACAUAGUAUUCUGUAUGUUGUUGGAGGUCUCAGCCUCAGUAUGGCAUCAGGAGACAGCACAGUUAGUGCCACAGUUUAUACCCUCUCGCUUAAGACCAACCAGUGGAGGACGGCCGAACCCAUGCUUGAACCGCGUUAUGCCCAUCAGAGUGUGUCUUACCUGCACUUCAUCUUCGUUCUUGGAGGCAUAGGGGCCGAUAAACAGAUCUCUAACACAGUGGAGCGCUACAACAGCAUGUUCAACCAGUGGGAACCUAUGGCCCCAAUGCCUACAGCAGUGCUCCAUCCUGCAGUGGCUGCCAAUGACCAGAGAAUCUAUGUGUUCGGAGGGGAGGACUCCAUGCAAAAUCCAGUGAGACUGAUACAGGUUUAUCACAUUUCACGCAACCAGUGGUUGAGAAUGGAGACCAGGACAGUAAAGAAUGUCUGUGCACCUGCCGCUGUCAUAGAAGACAAGAUUUACAUCAUUGGAGGGUACACAAGAAGGAUGAUCGCUUACGACACCAAAGCCAACAAGUUUGUUAAAUGUGAGAACAUGAGGGAAAGGAGGAUGCAUCACUCAGCUACUGUGAUCAACAACAAGCUCUAUGUGACAGGAGGACGCUUCCUCAACAGCCAUGACAUCAUUGAGGACUCUGACUGCUUCGAGUGCUAUGACCCUAAAACCGAUGUCUGGACAUCUAAAGGGUCUUUACCAUACAAGCUGUUUGACCAUGGGUCUUUGGCCCUGGUCUGCGUCUCCAAUCGACCCAAUCCACCAUGACUGAUGAAAUUGGAUCGAUCCAAUACUUGGGCAUCUGGCUGGCUUCCCUGUCCAAGAAGUAUUAAUUCACACAACUGAGACUCUAGACCAUCUGAGAAAGCAUAUGUUGCUUUGAAGAAUGUCUCAUUUGUGGCUUUGAUGGUAUGCAGUGUCUUCUGUCAAAGAAUAUUUAACCGGAUAAGAGGAUGCUUUUACAGUGGAGCCCCGGGAGUGUGCUCGGAGCUCAGAUCACAAUAGCAGCUAUCUGUGCAACAGAUGUGACCCAGCAUCACUCAUUAAAGAGCUUUCUAUCACCAUCUUACAACCACAGAGGGCUAGAAUCACCACGAUCAUUGUCAGUAUACUCAAGAUAAAUAUUUAGAAUCCAAAAACACAGGAAGUAUCCCUGUGGAAAACACAGUUCUCUUAGCACAUUGUAGUAUACUGUAAUGCCAAACAGUAGCCCAUUUAAAGUCACUUUAUGAAGACACAUUCCUUCAGAGCUAAAGGGAAAACCAUGAGCAGCUCAAUUACUAACAGUUUGCUAUGUCACCCUCUGUCAAAAAUGAGAAACUGCUGAUGUGCUGCACUUGCAUGUACUUGCAUGCCUUCAGUUGCCUGCAAAACUCUUUGUUUACUUAAGAAGAAGGCCUUAUCUUCUGAGUUCAAAGUUGCUGCAAAAAUGUUGCAAAAAGCACUAGACCAUAGUUCUGUGAAGACAUUUAUUGAUAUGACUUGAAUUCUUUUUUAGUGCUGUUUUUGAUGAGAAAUGUUUACUGCAUGUCCAGAAAUCUGUGGGUGCAAAUAUCUGUAGUGUACCAACAAAAUAAGAAAUAGGUUUUUGAUUAACAAAAAGGUAAUUUAUUAUAUUAUAUAUAGCUUAUAUAGGUUCAACUUAACUCUGUUCUCUGUAUAUGGAUUUUAGAUAAUACAAUAAUAUUCUAAUUGCAAAUUAGACUAAACAAGACAAACUACAAGAGCUACACAGCAGGUGUCGAGCUGAACCUCAGUGCUGAUGUUAGCUCCCGGCAUAAUGAUAUUUCUCAUAUACACUUCAAGCUCAGAUCGUGCUUGUGUGUGCUUGUUGUAGUCUGCAAAUGUUUUGAAUUGCAAAUUUUCUAUCCGUUACUGAUUCAGAUCCAUGAAACCAAAUUACUGUCAUGAAUGUCAUUCCUGAUUUAAAUGAUCAUUUUAAUGGACUUUGCUUUAAGAACAGUUGGAGGUGUGAUCUGAAUAAGUGCAGACAGUUUAGUAUUUAGAGUUAUGCAAUUUUAACACAUCAGAGUGUUACUGUAAGUAACAUAUGCUGUAUUAUAUUUCUCCUCAACACUUAAUGUGCUGGCUGACUCAUGUUUCCAGGCACUGAAAUGGAAUCAGACAUGACUAUGGAGGUGGUCAUUCAAGACAUGGACACACUUAAUGACAUGUUGCAGGCGUUACGUGCCAGCUUCGGAAUAGGUACAGUGUAGUUGAGCAUAGUUUGCAGAAAAAAUGAAUAAAAAGGGUACCAAACUGUACAUUUUCUUGUUACUGGGUUAUGUUUUUUACCCUUAAUAUGUAACUUUGACCUGGAAAUGUGGAUAUAAUGUACCUUUAAGAAGAUUUUGUACUAUAAUUCCCUUUCAGAGUAAAGCUUCACUAUAUGCAUCUUUCUAGUUAAAAGAUACACACUAAAGGUACAAAAGGUGAAUGCUUGAGGAUACUACCAAACAACAAGGAAAGGUACAGAUUAAUACCCAUAGUUCCUGAUACUGUAGGGCAGUGUAGAUUCAGAUCUCAAACCAAAAAUCAGAUCUCACACCAGGUUUAAGCUACGUUUAGCCAGGGCUUAAAGGUGCUCUAGCUUUCUGUUAUUAGCUCUACUCUGCUACAUGCUCCCCUCUUUGCAGAUACAGUCGCAUUACUUCAUUGGCCUCUUUCGGUUUUCUGACAUAAAUUGUAUAACUCAUUUGUAUACAUGUACUUAUUUCAUUUGAGAGCAGAUAACAAUUUCCAGAGGCUUGUUAAGCAUGAGAGGAACCAGCAGGAGUCACCUAAUGGACAAAUGGUUAUUCUUAGCACUGCACUUUCCUCAGAUGAAAUGACACGAUGCAGGAUGCUUCAAAUUACUCCUCAAAUUACAUACAAACCUUUGGCCUGCUUUUCAGCCCACAAGACAGAUAAAGUACUCACUGAAAUGUUUUGUGAAGGUGGAAAAGUGCAAAUCACACACACAUACAUAUUGAUAUACAUACAUAUAUACAUAUACAGUACACCCCCAAAGCCUCUCCAAUACAAACCACACCAAAAAGCAUAGCUAUAGCACUGCCGAGUUUGCCAUUCUAUGAAACACCUGACCCAAUGUUUUCACAAGAUAAAUUUUGUGUGUUAGAAGAGACAAAACAUAAUUUUUUGUAUGGAUCUUGUCUUCCUUAAUCUGUUUAUAAACUAUUGCUCUAUAGUCUAUACGGCUGAUUAAUUGUUAGUCACUUAUGUUAGGACUAAUCAAGUCUCGUUGCGUCUAGUUGUAGCUUCAAAAGCUCCAAUGCAUUGAAACAUGCUGCACUGUGAGGUUGUAAUUUAUGCAUUUAGAUUGGGGGUUUCAGUCCUGGGGCCCCACAACUCUUCAGGAUUUCAUGUUUUCCCUUCUCUAGUACUCCUGAUCCAGCUCACAGAAAGGCUUAAUAAUUACCUUCUGAGUUGUGCUAUAUAAGGGAAACCCUAAUGGAGACAUAGGCCUGGAUUUAGGUCAUAAGACAAAGCAAGACUAGGUAACAAGAGGCCUUUGAAUUUGAAUUUUAACAUAUAUUGAUUUGAUGCCAAUUUUAGCAAAAUUUUAGGCCCUUAACCUCACCUUGUUCUUAGUCUGGGGAACUUCUUGUUGAGUCUGCAGCAGUUCUGAAUGACACACCUGGAGGUUAUCCAGGGUUCAUGAAACCACAGUUAUCUAUGAAAAUAGUGGUCUAUUUCACCCCUUCUAACUGCCACUCAACCUGGUGCUACCCUGGCGGUCAAUAAAAUUGACCGUCACAACAAUGUCUGAGCAGGGCAACAUGUGGCUACGUUAAAGACCUGGUCAGAAGAACUUGAUAGACCACCAUCAAUUCCAGCUAGUGCGCUAACCUUACAUCAGGGGGAGUGGGUUUGAGGGGAAGAGGCCACAUGCCUCCUGUGUCCUUGUGUCACCAAGCUGCUUCCCUGCCUGUAAGGGAAGUGUCCUUAGUAAUUAUCUGUCUUCAAUGGGUCACCACUUCCAAGUGGACUCCUUUUGUUAGGAAUGUUCUCUAGAAAUGUGUCUCCAGAAAUGUUUGGGCUCUUCUCGCUCAUUCUCGACACAUUUCAAAUUUGGCAUCCAACUAUAAGCUGAUAACCCACUUCUGAAAACCCCAUAGCUCCAGCAAGCCUAGUACAUUUACCACUGCAGCUGCCAUUGCCAGUCCUAGCAUCCUCAGCAGAAGCAUUUACCACACAUGGCUACUUGGCUGAAUCUGACUGACAAGCAUUUGUCCACACAUUGAGAUGGAGUGGCUAGUAUUCUCAGUUAAUCUAGACUCAUGCCAAUUAAUUGUGUGGUCUACUUUGGGGUUAGGGAGUUUGUUUCUCAGUUCACUCUAAGACUGCCAUAGUGUACCAAGUAGGGUGGAUGUGUCCCAGAUGGCCUGCUCCUUGUUGGGAGCACAUAGCAGUUGUCCAAAUAUGAUAGUACCCUGAUUCCUCUGGUGAUCAGGGGAGAUGAGGCAUACAUCUCAAAAACAGGGAGAGCUUGCAGGGUAGGACUUGCCUGCAAUUGCAAGGCAGACUAGUAUUUGUAUCAGUCUAAUCAGACUAGAUUAGCAUCUGUGUUGUGGGCUGAUCUGGAGAUGGAAAUAAAUGUUGCGCAGAUCCACUGACUUGAACCAGUCCUGUGCUUGUAUGACAUGAACUACAACUGACCCCCUUAGCAAAUGAAAAGGAAGGGUCUUUAGGAACCUGUUCAGCCUUCCCAAAUUUAGAAUUGGAUGAAAACCACUGCCCUUUCUCUGAAAAAACAAGUUUAGUGGCACCUCUUGAUUUAAAAUGAGGGGGCCUAUAUUUUCUAUCAAACCUUUGUCCUAGAAAAAAACAAACAUCUUGGGUCAGAGUAAUAACGUUGUUAGGGUCUAAUAUCAACAAGGCCCUGAGACCUGACAAGCUUGGGGACUGGCAGCAGAACUGAUGUUUGUACCUCUGUGACCUCAGGACCCACUGAUCUCAUGGAGUCCCUGCCAAUGAGUGAUAUUUUUGGCUGUAAAGCUGCCCUGUCACCAUCUCCUGCCCUUUAGCGACAUGCCCUAUGGGACCCUUUGGUUGUAGAGGAGCCAUCUGUCUAGGGCCCUGCAAGAAAAUGCUCAAAACAUAUGAAAAUAUACCCAGGAAGAGAAGGAAGCUAUCCUCAGUUUUGGAGGACAGAAUAUCUGUAACUCUAACCAUAGUCACAAGUUGCUAAGUGCAUAGUUCCAUAUUUUGUACAUGGUCUGACAUGUAAAAGAAGAAAAAGGGAAAGAUGGCUCCAUGACAGUGGUAUUUAAUGCAACUACUGCAUCAUUCGUCACUAUAUGAUUUUUGUUUUGUGUUUUUUUUUGCGAUGUCUUGGCACUAGCACUAGCAGGUAGGAGGACUCAAUGAUCAAUGCUGACUCAUGUUGGUGUCAUUACCCAAACCAUUGUUUUUUAGCUCAUUAUCACACUGAGAUGUAGUCAGUGAGUAAGCCAGCAUGGUCAUCUGAAAACAUAUUACAUCUACAGAAAAUUCCUGCCCAAAGAAGCAGUGAAUUGACUUUAAAGUACAGAGUGCACAGUCUAUGCUGUCCAGUGCUACAGAAAGAAAUCAGACACGCAGUAACAAUAACAUGUUUAAUUUUAAACCUUCAUAGGUGCUUGUCAUUUUGUUUGUUUGUUUGUUUUGCUUUGGUUGGUUGGUUGGUCUUAGAUUAAAAAAAGUAUUACAGUAUGUCUAUUUCUGUUAACACAUUUAUUUACCAAAUUAUACUGUACCGUAUUGAAAAAGAGUCUAUACAUUUUCCGGGGUAGGGGGCAAAUUAUUGGUUUAAUUUUUUUGUGUUUUGAAGGUUGUAUUUGUACGUUCUAUGUGGUACUUUUGUUAACCAAUAGUUGAGCCUAUAAAUCUUAUAAUUGGAAAACACUUUCUUCUCAUUUUCUGGUGUUAAGGUCACAGUGAAAGCAGAUAAAGACCAUUUUUCUUACAGAACGCAAACAAAGGAAAAAGCACAUAAUCAUUAGAAGUGUGCUAAAUUAACCGGCAGGGUGCAGUACUUAAUCUAGUGUACACUGUGUUCUUAUAUUUGCAUAUGCACACAGUGUAAGCAGGACUAAAUAAUAGCUAGUACAUAUUAUAAUAGUUCCAAAAGCAAGAAAUCAACUCACUUAACACAUUAUUAACACAUAAAUAUUAGGUGACAGGGGUUCUGCACCACUGAUAGUUAAAAUGCUGAACCAUUGCUUGCUGUUAGUAUCUUAAGAAAUUAGGUUGGAGGCUUACUCACAAUCCAACUCUAGAUGGCGCUUUAUCACUAACAACAUACACAGCACAACUGGAGAAUCCACUGCCUGAAAGGAGUAAGUCCCAAUGGUGGCCCACACAACAAUGUGUAAUGGUGCUAAGGAACUCAUCCAGAUCUGACUGCCAGAACACUUCUUAACUGUCAGACCAUAUCUCAGGCAUAUCGUGGACCAAGAAUCAUAUUGCCCCUACUCCACCUUUCCUCAAAACAAAAAUUUUUGAAAGAAUUUUCCUAAGUGACACUAGAACCUUUGCAGGUAAACAGAUAAAUUCAAUUAUAAUUCAUAUUGUUGUAUUCCAGUAAGAUAAUAUAUCAGUGAGCUGUGACCUUUUGAAGGUCAAGAGCCCCAAACACAGAAGCAGUGGCACACCACUCAUUGUGGGACUUCCUGAAAACAUGAUCUAUUCAGUGAUGUCACAUCUCUCCUGAUUCAGGGCUUGUUGGCUUUUGUAAAUAUUAGGAAAAAAACAUUACACUGGAAUUAAAUGCAUAGCUCUCAGAGAUAGAGGCAACAGAGGGUCACCUCUAAAAGUAUGAACAAAGACAAAAGAACAAUAAAAUAUACUGCAAAACAUUAAAAUGUUGACACCUUAAUAAAAUCACAUUUUGUCUAGAAAGUCAAGGUGGCUACCAAACAAUGUGAAACUCCCUGACAUUUAAAAUCUCAGUUACAACGUUCACAGCUAGGAUAUCAUGACUAGCAUAACAAUUAUUUAUAAAUAUUUAUGGCUGGUCUUUACUACUUUGACUUUUAAGCAUCUUUAAAAGAAGUGUGUAGCACAAAACAUGUCAGAGUUAUUAAGGACCAAAUAUAUAAACUAACAAAAACAAAUUUCAAAUCCAAAAUAUUAAAACCCUUUAAAUAGAAAAAUUAAGUGUCUUUUUUUUUUAAAAAUUAAAUUACUUUAAACUGCAUAAUUUUGAUUACUAUUAUUUAAUUACUUUUACUGUACAGGUCUAUUCAGCUACAGUCCACAUUACAGACCAGAUAUCAAACAUUUUUACAAUGAGGGGUUACACAACCAGCAGAAUGUGACAGGACGAGCCAUUGGGGUGGGUUUUUGCUGUUAAAGUGCUUCUUACUAUAUGUUGGGCGACAAUAUUUGUUGCGGUUUACUAGCAAGAACACUGCUGCACCUGGUACUGAAAUACAAAUAAAAACAAAGCAAGCAAAGAAUCAUCAAGAAUCAUCUUCACUGCAAGGUGACUGUCCAGUUUCAGUGAUCCUGUGCCGACUGUAGCCUCCGCUUCUGGUUCUUGGCUGAUAGGAAUGUAACCUGUAGCCAAUCCACCUCAGGAUUCAGUAUGUUUUGAGAUGCUUUUCAGCUCAGCACGGCUGUAAAGAGUGGUUAUUUGAGAUACUAUAGCUUUCCUGUCAGCUUGAACCAAUCUGGCCAUUCUCCUUUGAGCACUCUCAUCAAACAGUAUUUUCAUGUACUAUUAGGGUAUAAAGCAUUGACACUAUCCUUAAAUAUAUCUGUUUAUCUGUGCUCCAAAUAUAUAAUAAUCUGUGUUCAGAUUAAACUCAACACUGGUGUAACCUAACUU